AAAAUAAACAGGAUGUCGUUUUUUGUGUAAGGGACUUCUUCCGGAAAUAAGUGGAUUUCGCAUAACGAUAAAUAAUUCAUCUUCCCGGUCAAGAUUCUUUCUUACCAGGGAGAGACUCCUUUGCCCAUCUGAAGCAGACUAGCGAGACUCUACGUGCUUUUUCAGCCAGUCUUCCUAUGUCAGUCCGAAACGGGUCUGCUGGUGAUGCAGACUGCCAGAUCUCUGAGGACGGUCACGUCCCAGAUGUUGAGCUGAUGGAGCUUGGGCCCCUGCUGGAGGAAGGAGGUGGGCAGCAGGUGGCAUCGGACGGCAUUCAUUCAGAGGGGGCUGCAAUGCUAACAGAUGAGGAUGAGGAAGAGGUUCUCACCUUGCCUCUUCAGGCUCACCAUGCCAUGGAGAAGAUGGAGGAAUUUGUACAUAAGGUGUGGGAGGGGCGAUGGAGGGUAAUUCCUUUCCAUGUCCUGCCUGAGUGGCUGAAGGACAAUGAUUACCUCUUGCACGGACAUCGGCCUCCCAUGCCCUCCUUUAGGGCCUGUUUCGGAAGCAUCUUCAGAAUUCACACCGAAACGGGAAACAUCUGGACUCAUCUUUUAGGGUUGAUCUUAUUUGUUUGUCUGGGCACCUUAACCAUGCUGCGUCCCAACAUUUACUUCAUGGCACCAUUGCAAGAGAAAGUUGUUUUUGGGAUGUUCUUCCUGGGAGCUGUGCUCUGCCUCAGCUUUUCCUGGCUUUUCCACACAGUCUACUGUCACUCAGAAAAAGUGUCUCGCACAUUCUCCAAGUUAGACUACUCGGGCAUUGCCCUUUUAAUCAUGGGUUCCUUUGUGCCCUGGCUGUACUACUCCUUUUACUGUUCCCCCCAGCCUCGCCUUAUCUACCUCACCAUUGUUUGUGUCCUGGGGAUUGCUGCCAUCAUAGUUGCUCAGUGGGACCGCUUUUCCACACCCCGUCACAGACCAACAAGAGCAGGUGUUUUCAUGGGUCUUGGACUGAGUGGCAUUGUCCCCACCAUGCACUUCACCAUUGAGGAGGGCUUUGUGAAGGCUACCACAGUGGGACAAAUGGGUUGGUUUUAUUUAAUGGGUGCCAUGUACAUCACGGGUGCGGGUCUUUAUGCUGCCAGGAUCCCGGAACGCUUUUUCCCUGGGAAGUGCGACAUCUGGUUCCAUUCUCAUCAGAUUUUCCAUGUCCUGGUCGUGGCAGCUGCGUUUGUCCACUUUUACGGAGUUUCCAAUUUGCAGGAGUUUCGCUACGGCCUCGAAGGCGGAUGCACAGAUGACACGCUACUUUAAAAGGCUCGACUGUGACUUAUUUCUUUGUGCAGUUCCACAAACGCACACGCAUUCACACAAUGCUGCUGGAAUUCAAUAUAGUCCCUUUCUGCUUCUUCUGUAAUUCGGAUUUGCUUCCAUUUUGUUUGGGUUUUUGUGGUUUCCUUUUUGCCUUUGGCUCUUUUUUUGCUCCAGUACUGUAGCAUAAACUAGCCAAUGUACUGUAGAUGGAACGGCCCCUACUUAUUUCUCUUACUGUCCAUCUUGGGAAGGGUGUUUUUAAAUAAGGUAGAAGUAUUCAUUUGUACCGACGUGUUCCAUGUGUUCCUGCCAUUCUUAGAAACUCGCUACUAUCCCAACCUCUUCAAAUUUGUCUGUUCAAAUUUACAAAGGAUUUUUUUUGUGCUGUAGCAGAAGUCACUGACGGUGACCUCACAUGUUCAGAUUAGAGAAUACUCGUUUCUCCAUAACUCCAGAGAAGUGGGUGAUCUUAAAGUUUUAAGCAAAUUUCUAAAAGAAAAAGUUAAUUCACACAAAAGUCACCAGCUGCAGUUUUUUUUGUUAUUUAUACUGAGGUUAUUUGUUUAUCUGUUCUUUCAAACAUGGAGGACUGCCACAAACCUGCAUUUUACCAUUCAGCAAUAAAUCCUAAGUACUUCAACAAUCCCAUUGAAAAAAAAUAAAAUAAAAAAAAAUCGUAUACUCCGUUACCGUUUAUGACUGAUCGUAAGAUGACACAGAAGGCUAAAUGCAGCAUAUGAUCAAACCUGUAAAUCUUUUAUUCGGAAAGGGAUCCAAACUAAUCAGGAUUUAAUUGACAUUUCUGGGAAAUGAAAUGUAUAUAAAUGUAUCAGUGGCAUUCCAUUGUAAUGACAUAAGUCCCAUAAAAAGCGCCAUAUGUCUAAUUGAGUUUUUGCUGACUCGUGGCUCAUGUCAUGGGUCGGAUGGUUAAAACUUCUCUAAUAAAUUUCCAGAGCAGCAGUUCACCAGGUUUGCACAAUGUACAGAAUAGGAUUGGUUUGGAUUCAUUUUUGUCUGCUUGACAUUUUUCUUUUGUGGCUUUAUUCCAGAUGCAAUGUGAGGUGUAAAUAUGGAAUGCACCUUAGUGUUUAUGAAUUUACUGAAAACUUUAAAUCACCAAAUGAGGUUUAAAAAGUAUUCUGUGCGAUUGAUAUAAACUGUUAGUAUUCCUGUGCCUUAGGCCAAUGGAAAUGUUUUUAAAUCAAAUGGCCUAUCUUAAGAGACAAAAGAGUAUCUCUUCCUAUUGGCGUUUCUUAUUUUCCUUGCCAUAUAUAUGGUAUGUAUACAAUCAGAUCAUAACUAAAGAUACAAUUCCAUUGAUAGGUUGUAUGAACUGCUGUUUAAGUCUCCUUUUUUUAGAUGAACAUAUUCGAGCUUUAUCACAAAUUUAAAUGAUGCGUAUUCUUGACUUUGUGUAAUGUCUUGUGUAGAAAGUGAUGAAACCCCCAUUUCACUGAAAUGUAAACCUGAAUAUUUAUUAAUGGCAAUCUUAAAAGAUAUUCUAAUAAAUUUUUUUUCUCUUAUUGUUU